AUGGAGCUUCCAAUGAUUGAGCAACUGAACCUGCAGGCAAGUCCAUCUGAGAUCGAGGAAUGGGUCGAACGAUUCGAACUGUGGUGCAGUAUUCGAAAAGGUGUUGCGCAGUAUCAAUCAGCCCUAUUUCUUACUGCUGGCGGCCGAGACCUCUAUUCCCUGUUGAAAAUUGUGGAGUUCCCUGAGGCUAAACUACCAUAUGAGUCCCUGGAGUCGUUGCUGCUCAACCACCUGCUACCCACUGAGUUCCAAGCAUACGAAAGGGCCAAAUUCAACUCCAUGAUUCGCGCCGAUCAUGUUUCCUGCCGUGAAUUCAUCCUGCAGCCAAACAAACUGGCAUCACGCUGCAACUGUGGUGAUCACCUGUAA